GUACUUGGAUGACAGCAUCAUGUAGAUCGGGACUGUGUGUGAAAUUCUUGAGGCCAGAAGAAAAAAACAGUGCAAACUGUGCAAGUAGUAGCUUUUACUGUAAUGGAAUUGGAAUAAUGGAGUAAUAAUGCGACUCAGGGACAGCAGGAAUAAUGUGCAGUAGCGAUAUGGCUCGUGUACAGCGAAAGGCGACGUUCUAAAGUAAAGUACGAAACAUUCGUACGACAAUCCAGCAUAUCCGGGGAUAAAAAGCAUAUCGUGUGUCUGCUGCACUACUUUCAAGAAUGUCGAAUCAGAUGCAUACCCAGAAUACGGACGCAGCACUGCUCGCCCGAAUGCACAUGAUGCGUUUAGCCGCAGAAGGCGGUGGUGGUGGUGGUGGUGGCGGAGGAGGAGGAAAAACGAUCGGUUCCCUGCCGCGACCAAAUCAUUCCCCUAGUGGGAGCGGUACACAGGACCCGAACUCGGACAGCAAUGCUUACGGCACAAUGGGAACGAUUCCCGGGAGCGGAAGCGGCGGCAAUGGUGCUGCUUUAGUAGCCGCUUCGAUGGCCACAAUGGUGAACAUGAAUGACUACCGAAUGUACGAUCGGUACCAGAAUGAGAUGCAUGCGGCGGCAGCCGCUGGAAGCAAGUUUCCCGUGCAGCAGCAGCAGCAGCAUCAGAGUAACAGCAGUGCGCAUGCUACUGUUUCGACCACGGCUGGAAUGGUUGGUGGUGGAGUCAAUAGUGUCAGUUCUACUGGUGGCAGUUAUCAGUACAGGGUCAACAACAGCCCCACCCAUUCGAUGAGUAACGCAUCCCAGCACUCUGCCAGUGGCGGAGGUACGAUUCCCAGGACAGGCAACUCCUCGGUAGGAUCGAUGCAGCAGCAGCAGCAGCAUCAGCAGCAACAUUAUUACGAUUCGCGUUAUCAAACGGUGUACGAAAACAUCGACUGCUAUCCGGCAGCUUCGCAGCAGCAACAACAACAAUCUAUGGAUGCGCACUUGUACGACCAUCGAAAGUUUGAAUCGCACAACAUAAAGGCCCAACCUCAGGUUCCGGCUGGUACUGCUGGCCAGCCGUAUGUUUUAGCGAACGGCGUUGUUAUGCCAGGACGCGAGCAUCCGGGAAUGAUGAAUAUGGCUGGCCGAUACGCGCACACCCCACAGCCCCCAGAACUGACGGGUGCAGAACAACUGCCGAUCUACGAGAAUUUGCAGUCCCCACCAUCGGCGGGGCAGCAAGCACAACCGCAGGCAACCAAAGGAUCAAUGCAGGUUUAUUAUCACCAGCGGGCAGACGGCACAACUCCAAGUCCCAAUGCCAUGCCACACGCACAGCAGCAGCAGCAGCAGCAUCAGCAUCAGCACCAGGCUCAUCAACAAUACCAUCAUCCUUCAGACCCGCAAUCCCAACCCAUCUACGAAACCACCAACGCAAGUGCGAACAGCUACAGAACAGCUGGCAGCACGGUCUCAUCUGCAGGUCCUAUGCACUCUCCGGCAACGGCAAUGUAUCACCACCACCAUCAGCAGCAGCAGCAGCAGCAGUACCAACACUCGCCGACCAAUAGCAGCAUAGCGGUGAAAAUUGCUCAACAACCCCAACCGGUACAGCUACCCAACGUGAAAUAUCACGCGACUGGCGUUCCGGCAUCUGCCGCACUGCCGUACGACUACCAGAAGUCGCCAAAGCUCGGUGCCUCGAAUGCACCGUCAUUGCCCCCCAAAUCCUCGGAAGCGCUCAAAACUCAACAGAAAAACAACAACAAGUCUCCAUCACGCAGCAGCUCCAUCUCCGGUUCAAGCUCGCUGAGCAAAAGCUUCGUCGAGGACAUCAAUGGGUCGGACUACGUUUGUAUGACGAGCGGCACCAAAUACAACAACUCCGGCAGUAACACCUUGCAGUCGAUGAAAACAAGUCCACUGACAUCACCACCGCCGCCGUCGAAUAGCACCACCACACCGACGACGGGCGUUGUUGCCAGUGGUUCCACCACCGCCGCCAUGCCCGUUCAGGUGGGACAGGAACGGCAGUACGCGACGCUACAGGAGAUGGAAGUGGCAAAGAAUCAGCUCGCAAACAGCCAGCAGAUGAAAGGGGCCGCUACUCAGCCCACGAGCAAUGCGCACAGUGCUAAAUUGGCUCCACCCAAUGGGAGUACGAUGGGGCCCGGUGGGCACAACCUGGGGCCAAUGGGUAUGGGAUUGAGGGGUGCCGUUUCGCCAACUCCAUCACAACUCAGCACAGGAUCCGGAUCGGGAAAGCCAAAAGGUUUGACCAAAAACCUGCUCCCGUACAACGUCACCCCACCCCGACCGACCGGGCCAACCGAAGCGGAGCGGAAGAUUGAGGAACUAACCCGCCAGCUGGAGGAGGAGAUGGAGAAGAAUGAGGAGCAGGGCGAAUAUUUUGGCAUCUGCCAUACGUGCAAGGAAAAGGUGACCGGAGCCGGUGCGGCUUGCCAAGCGAUGGGCAACCUGUACCACACGAAUUGCUUCAUCUGCUGCUCGUGUGGUCGUGCGUUGCGUGGAAAGGCGUUCUACAAUGUGCACGGGCGUGUUUACUGCGAGGAAGAUUACAUGUACUCUGGAUUCCAGCAGACGGCUGAGAAGUGUGCAAUAUGUGGGCAUUUGAUUAUGGAGAUGAUCCUUCAAGCGAUGGGCAAAUCGUACCAUCCCGGUUGCUUCAGAUGCUGCGUUUGCAACGAGUGUCUGGACGGCGUUCCCUUCACGGUGGACGUGGACAAUAAGAUUUACUGUGUUAACGAUUAUCACAGCAUGUUUGCCCCGAAAUGUGCAAGUUGUGGCAAAGGCAUCACUCCGAUGGAAGGAACGGAGGACACCGUACGGGUCGUGGCGAUGGAUAAAGAUUUCCAUGUGGAUUGCUACAUCUGCGAGGAGUGCGGUAUGCAGCUGACGGACGAAUCCGAUAAACGGUGCUACCCUUACGAAGGUAGACUGAUGUGUCGUUCUUGCCAUAUACAGAAGAUAUCGGUACAAGACAGGCGUGGGCGCAUUCUCGAGCCCGUGUCGGCGACUUAUCAAUACAUGGGUUAAAAGGGAUCGUGUGGGACCUCGAACAUCAAACGUUUUGCAAUGCGAAGGCUAGACUUUUAGUGCUCUUUGAUUGAUUGAAGCGGGAACAUGCUGGUAUAUUCCUGGUAUAGUGCUUAUGCUAAACAUUCUAGAUUGCUCCGGGUUUGGCUGCUGAUUUACUGCUACGUGCGUGAACGAUGAACGAUCAACGGUGUCAAGCAUUAAACGUUACUCGUCGCUUCUUUUUUGUGUGUGCGUGCCGUCACACGUACGCAAACAAAAACCCACAUUUGCUACACUCGUUCGUGUUCAGUAGUGCUACGUUUUGCACUAUAAAUAUACAUACUGGCAACUCCUCUUACACGCUGAAGAUAUUAUGAGGUACGCACGGUGUAACAGUCGUGCAUCGGAGCGAUAGGAUAGUAGAACAGUAACAUUCCGUUAAAUGUGUAUGUGCGUAUUUAAAGAAUGUCUAAAACGAUGAAACAACGGUGAUCAACGGCUUACGGUGCAAAAAGCGUACGAAGCGUGGAAUGGAAUGGGAAUUACUGCAAUAGUGGCACGAAAUGCAUUUACUUUGGCCUCCAAUUUGCCAAAUGCGCGAAACUAGAGUAAUAAAGGUGAAGCAUAUAUUUGCUUUCUUCAUAAUAA